AUGUUAAUCCACGCCAUCGCGCUCCUCUGCACCAGUGCGGUUGGCACUGCGGCAAAACAGCUAUGGUCAACCGAACCCGCCGAUAUGUCUCACGUUGAGAUGACAGCAUAUCCCUUGGGCAAUGGGAAACAGGGUGCCAUGCCAUUGGGCGUUGCAGGAAAGGAUAUUGUAUACCUCAAUCAUGACAGUCUCUGGUCGGGUGGACCAUUUGCAAACAAGAACUAUGUCGGCGGAAACCCCAAAUCUUCGCUUGCCGAGCAUCUCCCAGGGAUUCGAGAUUCCAUUUUCAAGGAUGGGACUGGAGAUGAAUCUCCCUUGUAUGGUAGUACCGAUAAUUAUGGAUCAUAUGAGAUUUUGGGGAACCUCACUGUCAGUAUAGCCGGUACUGAGAAGGUCACGUCCUAUAGACGCUCCCUGGAUCUUGAUACCGCCAUUCACGAGGUUAAGUACAAGUCGAACGGGGUUGAUUUCACAACGAUCCAAUUCUGCUCAUAUCCAGCAAAGGUCUGCAUCUACUACAUCGAAUCCUCUAAUGCUUUGCCGGAUGUGACGGUCGGGCUUCAAGAUCUGGCACGAACAACGCCGGCCUCCAAGGUUUCGUGCUCCUCGGACGGUAUCCGACUUCAUGGCCAGACGCAGGCUGAUCCGGAUGAGGGGGACAUUGGUAUGCUGUUUGAUGCGCACGCUCAAGCCGUUACGCCUUCAAAAAUUACUUGCAACCCGUCAAAUGAGAUUGUGGUCAACGGAAAUACUGCGAAGUCGUUAUUACUUCUUGUCGGCACAGGAACCAACUACGACCAGACGAAGGGCGACAGCGCGAACAAAUACUCUUUCAAAGGACCGGAUCCGUAUCCCGAUAUUCUUUCGACUGUCCAGGCGGCGUCAAAAGAGUCCUAUGAGUCCCUUCGCAAAAGUCACAUAACCGAUCACCAGUCAUCUAUGCAUAAGUUUACCUUGGAUCUUCCAGACCCGAAGAAGUCUGCUGAGGUCGAUACAACUACAUUGAUAAAUGGCUAUUCCACCAAAGAAGGAGAUCCAUUUGUGGAAUCAUUGAUUAUAGACUACGCCAAGUACCUAUUUAUCGCGUCUUCUAGACCAGGCUCUCUUCCUCCUAAUUUGCAAGGCAAUUGGGCACCCAACAUGGCUCCUCCAUGGAGCGCGGAUUACCACAUCAAUGUGAAUCUACAAAUGAACCAUUGGCACACCGAGAUGAUGGGCCUAGGAGACCUAAUGGGCCCCUUAUGGGAUCACAUGAAGAACAGUUGGGUACCACGAGGCAGUGAUAGCGCAAAGCUCUUCUACGGUGCAGAUGGCUGGGUGACACACACCAAUGUGAACAUAUUCGGGCAUACAGCGCAAGAGAAUGAUGCUUCUUGGUCUAACUACCCAGUGUCUACAGCCUGGAUGAUGAAACAUGUAUGGGAUCGAUACGACUAUUCCCGAGACCUUGAGUGGUAUCGGUCUUCGGGAUACCCCAUGAUAAAGGGAGUGGCCAAAUAUUGGCUUUCAAUGCUAACAUCAGAUGAAUAUUUCAAAGAUGGAUCGUUGGUUGCUGUUCCUUGUAACUCACCAGAGCAUGGCGCCACCACGUUUGCCUGUGCCCAUUGGCAACAGCUAAUUUGGGAACUCUUUGAUCAUAUUAUUCGGGAUUGGGAGGCUUCUGGUGAUAAUGACGACGGUUUCCUCCAGAGUGUGAAGAAGGCAUAUCAAAGUAUCGACAGUGGAGUUCACGUGGGGUCCUGGGGUCAGAUUAAAGAGUGGAAACUGGAGGCGGAUCAGAAGAAUGACACCCACCGUCAUCUGUCUGAGCUUUAUGGCUGGUACCCAGGAUACGCCAUUUCCGGGGUGCACGCGGACAACCAAACGGUCAUAGAUGCCGUAACUACCACCCUCUACUCCCGUGGUAACGGAACCGAGGAUUCAAACACCGGAUGGGAGAAAGUAUGGCGUUCUGCCUGUUGGGCAGCGCUGAACAAUACAGAUCAGGCCUAUAUGGAGCUCAAGUACAGCAUUGACAUGAACUUUGCACCUAACGGGCUGUCUGGCUCCACGUCAGCGGCACCGCCAUUCGACCUCUCGACGCCUUUCCAGAUAGAUGCCAACUUCGGCAUUGCUGGUGCUGCACUCGCAAUGCUAGCGACUGAUAUACCGCAGGCCUUUGGUGAUACCAGCACCCACAAGGUUAUUUUAGGUCCUGCUAUCCCAAGUGCGUGGGGGGUAGGUUCGGUAAAGGGCUUGAAGCUACGUGGAGGUGGAAGUGUAGAUUUUAAAUGGGAUGGCAAUGGCAAAGUGACAGGAUUAACCCUAGACGGACGCUCGCUACCUCUGGUGGUGUUUGAUCGGGACGGCCAUGUCCUGGCGAAGCAUUAG